AUGUCGCCUCGUCGCUCCUCGCGAGCUCGCACCACACAGCCCUCUCCUGCCCUCGUCCAACAAGCCAAUUCCUCCAGCUCCUCCACCUCCCUCACUCGUGAAAGAAGCACCCGUUCAAAUCAUAAAAAUCCCUCCUCACAGGGCUCCUCUGGCCAACGAUCUCAGUCGAUAGAUGAAACUGAAAACAGCUCGAGGGCCGACCUCCCACAGACGCGCCAGCGCCAGCGCGCUCGCGACGACGAUGACGAACCUCCCAGAGAAGAUGACGAUGAAGACCUGGACGAAGAUGAAGAAGAGGAAGUCACUCGUUGUCUCUGUGGACAGCAGGAAUACCCAGGCUUACCUCCGUCUCGCCGGGAGGCUCUCGGUCGCCCCGUUGUCAAGGCAGAGCCAAAUCAUCCCCCUGCUGAUUCAUCUGAUCUGCUCUCCGAUGACACUGGGAGCAUGUUCAUUCAAUGUGACUUGUGUAAAGUCUGGCAGCAUGGUGGCUGUGUGGGUAUAAUGGACGAAGAAACAAGCCCCGACGAAUAUUUCUGCGAAGGGUGUCGAAAGGAUUUGCACAGAAUUCGGGGUGAAUCAAAUGGACAACGUUCCUCCACAUACCUCCCCGUCGUUCCGUUGUCGACGCCCGCUCCAUCCUCCAGAGCCUCCUCCAAAGACAUUUCCGGGCGCUCCAGGGAUCAUAAGUCACGUCAUAGCGAUGCCGACUCGAUUCCCAAGCGGCGAUCGACAAUGAAUAGCCGCGAUGCCGCCUAUGACGAGGAAGAGCUCAUUCGCCGGGCCAUUGAAGAAAGCAAAGACGACACCAAAAGCAUACAAGAUGAUGUAUCUUCUCGACAAGCCAAACGCAGCCGAAGCGCCAGCGAAGUACAGGGCUCCAAACGACCGCGGACCACAUCACCAUCCCCCACAAAUGUCGUAAAAUCGAGUAUCCCCGCAUCCCAUCCCCCGUCCGACGAUGACUCCAACACCAAAGCCACCAACGGUACUCGCAAACAAAGAGGUAUUUCUCGAGGCCAGCGAGAGAUUGAGCCCACCAAGGAGCCAGCGGAGGCAGAGUCCGAAGCCCCCGAGACCGGGGCUCGUCGAAAAGAAAGAUUCAAUCGACGUACAGGCGAUGAAUCCGAGCAUGAAAUCCCAUCACCAACGAAGACGAUACCGAAUGAGCCUGAGCUAGUGCAGCCGAGUCCAAACACUCCUACUCCGCAAGAACCGGCUCCUGUUCGACCACCCACUCGUAAAUCAGGACGGCCACCUGCUCGCCGAGGUCGGGUUGGGCGCAAUCAAUAUACCAAAGACAGGGACACGAACGGCAAUGGCACAGAGUCACCCCGUCGUGGACAAUCGCACGACAUCGGUGGUGAAUCUCCAAGAGUUAACUAUAGUGGUAUGAACGGCGUUUAUGUAAACGGAGAUCAUGGGAGAGUCAGCAAGCCACGGUAUAUGCAUCCACAACGCACAACGAUGAACGAGAUGAAGCGGCGUGUAGCCGGCAUCUUGGAAUUCAUUUCUCGGAUGCAAGUGGACAUGGCCGUGGCGAGUGAGAGCAGUGCCACCCCCACCAACGAUGACCGCAGCCAAGGUCUUCUAUUGAAGACUAUGGUGGACCACAUUGAUAGCCUCAUGCCCUCGGCUAGCGAUGGCGAUGAAUCAGUUCGAGCAACAACCGACGGCGAUGGAGAUACAUUGAUGCACGAGAAAGACUUCAAGGAGCUCAGUAGCAUGGAGAUGAUGGACGUGCUCACUCGUCACCUUCUCAAAUGGCAGCAGGAAUAUGGCAAGAUCGGCGAACGGUAA